AUGACGCCAAGGCAUGGCCUACCGCGCCUGCUCCUAGACCAGUCGAUGCGAGCACAUCUGCAUGGAUCUGUGCGGCCGCUUUUUAUGACGCGGAAUGCUAUGUUAGCCGAGCAUCCAUCCAAACGACUGGACGCGAUCGCCGCGGCUACUGCGGAUGCUGUGUCAGAGAAGACCUCUGCACGCGCAUCAGCGCCACCAGACCCUACAUUGCCUUUCUACACGUUUCGCGAACCCACUGGUUCCAUUCCUCGUGCAUUGGAAGAGUGGGCUCCAGAGCAUCGCGUGCGAGCCGGCGCUCCGCGCCUGCACUAUCUCGUGCACAAGCACGAAGUAGACGCGCACGUUCCGCCCGCGCUGGCUUCGUUGGGCACAUUGCACCGCACUGUGGGUCUCGAUUUGGAGUGGGAAUUUGGGCUGUAUGUCGGUCGUACAGCUGUAAUGCAGCUCGCUACGGCCACAGAUAUUUUCGUGAUUCAGCUGUCGCGAAUGCCCACGGUACCAGGCAGCCUGAUCGACAUGCUGCAAGACCCCCGUAUCCACAAGGUCGGUGUGGCGAUCCAGCAGGAUCUGUCCAAAAUGGAAAGAGACUUUGGCAUCCGGUCAGUGGGGGGACUCGAGCUCAGCAGAGUAGCCAGUGAACUGGAUCCUGAGCGCUGGACGAAGCGCCGGACACUCAUUAGUCUGCGAGAUCUGUGUAUGACCUACCUACAACACGACCUGGAUAAGGGACCCACACGUAUUAGCUCUUGGACGCGAAUCCCAUUGACUGAAAUGCAACUUGCCUAUGCAGCGUCGGAUGCGUACGUAUCGCUGGAGCUCGUUCAUGCAAUCCCUCUCCAUGCUCAUCGGCGCCGCCCCCUGACCUAUGCACAGAUCGGUGACGCGCUAGACCAUGCGAUGCAGACACGGACACGCCCCUCGAGCCCCACGACGCGCAAACGGCCCAUGGCGCAUGAACCGCGGAACGCUGUUCCAACGACUCCGGUCUGA